ACAAAAACACUGAAGAAACAAAACGAAACUCUAUUUCUCGUUGCACCAUUGUUUUCAAAUUUCUAUUUUAGAUCACCGAUCAAACUCGCUCAGGUUCUUCCCCUUUUUCAAUUCUUUCUCUAUAAAAAAGAGAGUAUAUUGUGUAGCUCCACAGCUCUCACUCUCUAAGAAAUGGGAAGAACAUCAUCAUGUUGUUCCAAAGGAGGCUUACACAAAGGGCCAUGGACUGCUAGAGAAGAUGCAUUGCUUGUCAGCUAUAUUCAACAACAUGGUGAAGGCCAUUGGAGAGCCUUGCCAAAGAAAGCUGGUUUGCUUCGAUGUGGAAAGAGUUGCAGAUUGAGAUGGAUGAACUAUCUUCGACCCGACAUUAAACGUGGCAACAUAACCCCCGACGAGGAUGACUUGAUUAUAAAACUACACACUUUACUUGGCAACAGGUGGUCUCUCAUUGCCGGUAGGCUUCCGGGGCGAACCGAUAAUGAGAUAAAAAACUACUGGAAUUCCCAUCUAAGCAAAAAGUUGGCAAUAACCAAAGACAAUGCAGGAGAGGCAAAGAAGGAGAAGAUCAUCACUACAAACUCUGCAAAUGGAGAGACAUCAGAUAGUAGAAAACCGGCCCGAGUUUCGAACGGCGAUAACUCGAGCAGUGGCAUGGAGGUGGCGGCGAGACUGAUCGGUUGGCUGUGA